AUGUUCAGCUCCGUUCUGCGCACCUCGUUCACCGCUCUCCGUGCACCGGCUCGUGCACCGGCUCUCGCCCUCGCAUCUCCGUCUGCAGCCUUCGCACGGCGGUACAUCACCCAGGAGGCUCGCAGUAAGAUCCAGAAGGCGGUGACGUCUACGCCAGUCGUUCUGUUCAUGAAGGGAAACCCCGAGGCUCCCCAGUGCGGUUUCUCGAGGGCCGCGGUGCAAGUUCUUGACAUCCACGGCGUACCACCGGAGAAGAUGCAGACGUUUGACGUUUUGGAGGACAGCGAGCUUCGGCAGAGCAUUAAGGAGUUCUCCGAUUGGCCAACCAUCCCUCAGCUCUAUGUUAACGGCGAGUUUGUUGGCGGUUGCGACAUCCUGCUAAACAUGCACCAGUCCGGCGAAUUGGCUGAGCUCUUCGUCAAGGCCGGCAUUGUACCACCGGAAGAGCCCCAAGAGACUCAGAGCCAAAGCCAAAAUUAG